GAUCGCAAAGUUGGUACAUCUCACUGGGUUUGCCAUGACCGUCAUGACCUGUCUCUUGACGUUGUUCUACACGGAAUAGAACAUCUGAAGGGCCGACCAACUAGGCUUCAAUCCUUCUGACAGUUCUCGCUGCCGCCAUCGUUGACAUUUACGACCGCUGGUACAACGGCGUGAAUGAUUUGAGCUCUGUGACACUGGUGUCAUUGGUCUCCCUGCUCGAAGCAGGGCCUAAUCCCGCUUAUGAAACGAUGGAUAUACUGGCCUUCUCUGUUCCUCCGAGUUGGCUGGUCGGGCCGUCCCAUUCACUUAGGUUGUAACGACGGGUCAGUUCAAUUAAGGCAUGAUGAUGAUACUACACAUUGCAAUUGUGUCUUGCUGCUUUACGACACCAUCCACGUGUGUCAGGUGGCUCGACCGAAGGUUUUGCGGCAGCAUCUUGUGUUUAUCAUAAUAGGACAAAAGGAAGGCCGGAGUCAGGUUCACGGCAAUCCGUGCCAAGGCAUUCGUCCUGCAUUGUGUCUAUUUGAUAUGUCCUUCGUUGCAUGCCUUUUGCAUACUGUACGGUACUCGAACAGCAAGCAUCCCCCAUUCUACUGUUGCGCUGUUCCUGCUGUGUCUCUGGUACGUGUGGUCAUUUGACCAUAAUGAUACCACAUACAGCUGGAAGAAAAUACAAGUACGGCUAACCAACAUAUCCACGUGCGCUAAUUUGAAUGUUCGGUUGUAUUCUAGACAGGCCGUCAUG